AUGGCAUCAAUCCCAAGCCCCGUGUCGAAGAAGAAAUACGUCACAAGGUUCCUUGAACUGACGGGUAGAACAGGGCCUGCGACGGAUGCAAAAAAAGAAAAUCCAAAUGCGAUGGCCGUGAGCCCUGCUAGCGUUGCCUCGGUUCCGGGCUUCGUACGCUGUGCUUAUAAUUCAGACUACAAACGUGGAAGCAGGCGUAGGACUACGCGGAGUUUGGCUCAGAACCAAACUCCCUUGAGUGUCACGGGCGAGGAUGCGUCAGUUGCAACGGGAUCGCCUUCUCAUGUGGCUGCACUCUCAAAUGCCAAUAGCGACGGCAUUAACCCUGUCAGAAUCGAACAUGGUUCGGGUGAUGCGAGCGUCCACGCCUUUCUGCAGAAGGUCUCAGGGCAUCUGGCGCAGGUCGGUCGCGGUCUUCCUCGGAAUCUGUUCAGCAAGGAACAAGGCGGUUUAAACCCCGAUAAUCAGUCCAUCACCUUCGUUCUACCCAGCAUUGAGACCGCCAAAGGUUACUUUGACCGCUUCUUUGACCAUGCACACACGACCUACCGGUAUGUGCCCAAAGCAGAGAUGUUUGAGCUCCUAAGUCAAGUCUAUGCGGAGAAUGAUGCUGUACUGAGUAACCAUACGGACAUGGCUAUCGUGCUUCUGAUUAUGGGCAUUGGAUGUAUAUGGACGGCAUCGUGGAGAAACGAGCCGUUGCCACCUUGGAAAAGAAAAUCAGAACGCUUUCUACAAGCUGCUGAACUCAGGCUCGAAAAAUCUCGAAACAUAUUUCCUCCUACCCUUGCCAUUUUACAAGCUCAACUACUAAAGUGCCAAUUUGAGAUCGUCUCUAGCCAAUACAACAGUGCCUGGAUGACAUUAGGAUUGACAAUCCGCUUGGGUCAGAUGAUCGAUAUUCAAAGAGAGCCAACCGCAUGCACAGCUCAAGAAGCCCAUUUCAGGAAGGCCACUUUAUGUGCUAUGUUCAUGGUUGAUCGAUAUCUGGCCAUUGCCUUGGGUAGACCCAUAUCGAUUCAGGAGCAUGAUAUGACCAUCACGCUCUCCAUGGAGCUUGAUCCCGCCAUCAUAUCUCGACUUGGUAGUCUUGAGGAGAAACUAUGGGUAGGCGUUGUAGCUCACUUUAGGCUUACCAGGAUUAUGGGCCAUAUAGUCACGCAGCUAUAUCCAGCCGCCAGAGAUAACACCGCGCCUACAAAAGCUACCGUGGCCGGCUUGAAGAAGGAACUCGCCGACUGGCUUAGCGACGUCCCAGAGUUCUUUCAGCCUGAUCAAAACGAGCUCAAUUCCCGUGAACAGGGAUUUUACGACGUUCCUUGGAUCUUUCGGCGCCAGCAAAGAACCAUACGAGCCGCGUUUUUCUUUGCCAAUAUGCUUAUUUAUCGUCAUUUUCUGCUCAAAGAGUUUCUUCAGCAGGCUCCCAACACCCCGCGUUCAGGCCAGUGCCCUGUCCGUGUCAGGAAAUGCGUUGAAAAUGCCAUGGCUAUGGUUGUUCUUGCUGCGGAUUUUGGAGCGGAUGAGUUCAGGUAUAAUUCGACCUUUUGGACGAGCUCUCACUUCCUAUUUUGUGCGAUUUCCAUUCUCGUGGUCUAUUUGGCGUUGUACCAGGAGUCGGACGACUGGCAUAGCAUCGAGUCUGCGGUUGAGAAGGCGAUGAAGGUUCAUCGCAAACUUGAUAACACUGUUAACAUCUACGCCCAGAAACUACUUGAUGAAUCCUGCGCAAGGGUCGAAGUUCUUCGGACCCUCAACUCGCCCAGUAUUACCGUAGCAGCACAUGGCCCAACACCGGAUUGGCCAGAACUUCCGGGUCAACAAGGUUUGCCCGUUGUUUCAUCCCCUCGUAGGCCAGUAUUGGGAAAUGAUGAUACGGACCUGCCAGCCCUCCAAUUGGCUCCUCACGAGGAAAUGGAGAGAGCGGCUCCCGGGCCAUAUUCCACGUUUGAGCAGCACGCAAUGGAAACAUUCGGGCUGAACAAUGGUCUUGACAUGAUUAUGGAUAUUGGAUUUGACAGCGCUGCCUUGCCUGAAAACUUUGGGAUAGAGGGUAUCGAUCAAUAUAAACAAUACAAUUGA